AUGGAAACAAAUGCCCCACAACAGCCUGCCGGCGCGCAGGCGGCCGCCAACCCGGAUGAAGACGAUGCCUCAAAGAUCAAGAGGACGCAGAUUGCGUGCUUGAACUGCAGAAAGCGGAAGAGUCGGUGUUUGCUGGAUUCACACAAUUCGAUACCAUGCCUCCGCUGCAAGCGCGACAAUCUCGAAUGCGUGCUGGGCGGUAGCAAUCGCGGUGGACGACGAGAACGAAAAAAGAAGCGCCCAGACGAACCGCAGUCAGAAGCGCAGCCGCAAUCGCAGUCAGCAGCGCAAGUACAACCGACAUUGCCGCCGCUUUCUGCUAGUGCACCAGAAGGAAGCUUCCAUACCCUGGGUAACCUCGGAACAACAUGGUCGCAAGAUGCCAGUGUACAACAGUUUGGGGACGAUGUUCAGGCGCCUCAGUCGGACUCUUCAAAUACAGAUGAGCUGCCCUUCUCGAAUCUCCAAAAUCCGUCUGAUGCCCUGGGCAUCUUGGCCAGAGUUGCUGGUGAAACGAGCUCGAAUGAAGAGAACAGCGGGAAUGGCAACAACAUUGCACACGCUAGGGGAUCAUCACUAAGCAUGCCGGCGCCGCUCUCCUUCUCUUAUCCAUUGCUGGAUCGGGGAGUGCUUACGGUCCAUUCUCUCUGCCAGCUGCUGGUUCGAUACCAGCAGCAAUACCACCCAUUCUACCCUCUCGCGCCAGCCCACGCGUUCGAGACAUCUCGCCUGUCUGACUUGGUGAACAAGGAGAAACACCUCCUUACUGCAAUUCUCGUCAUCGCCUCAAAAGACCUCGUCGACGAGCCGCAUAUAUACGAAGCAUGCUGCGAACACAUGAAGAGCCUAGUCUCUGCCCUCGCAGCAGGAGGCGAAGCUGGUAUUGAAACAGUCGAGGCUCUACUAAUCCUGGCUGAGUGGGCGCCUUACACUCAGCGCGGCUCCGGAAAAGUCGGCAAAGGAGAAGAAGACAAGGAGAGCUGGAUGCACGUUGGUCUUGCGCUGAGAAUUGCAUACUUCCUCGCGCUGGAUCAGUAUUCAUUCCGAUUCGUUGACCAGUGGAAGGAUCAAGACCAUCAUCGCAAGCGUCUUGUAUGGACGGCAGCAUACGUUUCGGAUCGCCAUAUCAGUAUCAGGAUCGGGAAGGCGUUUUGGUCUCGCGGUCCUGGGCCCUUGACGACUCUACGGAGAGAAGACUAUCCUUCAUUGAUCCCCAAGAAUCCCAACGAAGAAGAUCACGCGUCCAUCUUCCAGGCCAAUUUGGAGCUCACGCAGCUCUUCAGCAAUGUACACGACACGCUAUACUCGAAUCCCAGUUCGAGCUUUCGCUCGCAGAUGAGCGGCAGCUACAUCAAGUUUAUUGAUGAUUUCCGGUCAGCCAUGUACGGGUGGAAGAGCGUGUGGGGCACAUUGACAUGCUCACCACCUCUCAAAGCGUGUCUGCUGAUGUCGUACGAUUAUUUGCGUCUGUACACCAAUGCCUUUGCCUUUCAAGCCACUGUCCUCCGAGCGUUGCCGUCAACAGCUUCAUCUGCCGAUUCAGGCUCCGGCGCCCCAGCCAACAACAGCAUGGGCCGCAUGCAAGCCCCUCAACGCGUUUUCGUAAACAAUGUAGGCGCCGUCGGGGACGCGCGUUUCAUUUACGAAGGCCUGGAUUCAGCAAAGGCUAUUCUUACCACAGUCAACAAUUUCGUGGAUCCCGAACGCUCACUGCGGUUUAUGCCACUCCGGUAUUACCUGUACCUGGUUUAUGCAGGUGUCUUCCUCUACCGCGCCCGCUGUACAGGGGUCAUUAGCGCAGACGAGGAUCGUGCUAUCCGCGCAAUGAUUAACGAGACAGUAGCACGUCUUCAGCGCAGUGCAGUAGGCUCUGGGAGCGGCGUGCAGCACCCAGGUUCUCGCUACUCGCAGCUGCUCAAACUGCUCUGGGCCAAAGUACCAAGGAAGGACAAAGCAAGUCGGCCGUCCUUUCACCAUCCUGGCACACAUAUCGCCAGUACACCAGUGGAUCAGAACGGAUUCCCACAGCAUCCAGUAAUUGUUAACCAGACCAGUCCACAAGCUAGUAGCAACGGCACGACGGGCGAAAGUCCAGCAAUUACAGAGCAGAUGGGUGAUUUUGGAUGGACAGAUUUGAGUGCGGUAAACGAGUUUGCUGUUGGCAGCGGAAACAAUGCGUCCGCUGAUGAUGCUGCGCUAUGGAAUGGAUUCCUGCCUCUCGAUAUGGGGUGGAACGCCCAAGGAUUUGGACUUGACGGCAUGGCAGUCGAUCCUAAUGAACUGGGCAUGCUGUUCUGA